UCCAACAUCAACAACUGCUAUCCAUUCUCGAGGGCGCCGAAUUCGAAUCAGUUCGAAAUCACAUGCUGGUCAAAUGGUAGGUCAUGUCCUGAGGAGGAUCGUGUUCCGAGCGCCUGCCCUUGCGCAAAGAUGCUGUCACGGAGAGGCUCAGCCGCCCAACAAGGACGCCAUCGAGCGCAAAAUGCGAAGGUACACCAUCUCUCGCUAUGUUUACUACGUCCGGCGCUUCGAGCAUACCCUGGAAAAGAACUUCCCCUCGGCCAUGCACGUCUACAGGGUGUUCGUGGUCGGCAUCAAGGACUUCUACGAGGACCUCAAGGAAUUCCUUAGCAUCGCCAGGUGGAUUAGCAAGAGAGGCACGGAUGGACUUUCUAGGAGAGAAUUGGAGCUGCAUUUCCAGAUGCCGAAGGACAUGAUUCGGGUCGCCCCUGUCCUCCUGAUAUCUGCCCUGCCCUUUGCCAACUACGUCAUCUUUCCUCUUGCUUACAUCUUUCCUCGGCAUCUCCUGAGCAGACACUUUUGGUCCCUCCAGCAAAGGGUGGAUUUUGCUGCCAUCGCUCUUCGAAAGAGACUUUACAACCAAAGACCAGUCCUUCGGUGCCUUCAGACUCGCCUUGAUGAUCUCGAUGAAGGCGACCUUCGCAAUCGCUGGGCUCACAUUGUCGGUCUGCUCGGAAGUGGAUCGCAUCCCAACCUUCAGCAAAUCGAAAAUGUCAGAGACCUGUUUGCAGAGAUCCAGCCCUUUGGUCUGGCUGGCCUGUGGGCCAAUCACAAAAACGCGCUGGUCCGUCUUCAUGGCAUGCACAUGGGUUGGAGGAGGCGAAAGAGGCUCAGGGAUCGUGCCAAAAUUCUCAGGGAAAUGGAUUUCAUGAUGGCACAGGAGGGCGUCACUGUCAUGAGCAAUGACGAACUUAGAAAUGCUUGUUUUCUAAGAGGCCUGAAUCCGGUCAAUGUGAAAACGGAAGACUUGGUGCUCUGGCUGCACAAGUGGACCCUGGUCAGCGGCAACGUCGACGAUGACCACCUCUCCCUGAUUUUGCACUUGCCAAUUUUGAUAGGAUACAACCAGCCUUCCAAUUGGGUGCUGCUCUAUCAGCAUAAAAAUAUGUGAUUUGAACUAGAAACAUUUAGUUACUAACGACUUGCAAGUCUGUACAUAAACAACAGUCAAAGUCACUAUUAAAUAGAUGCAAAUAAAUUAUUAUAACAGACAAGUUAAUUUUCUCUGG